GAAAAGACAGUAACCACAGAGCAGAAACCACAUCAUUCCGUUCCCUGCCUGGAGAGCGGCCGUCCCUUGAUUGCAGGCACCUUUUGCUGUUCUCUGUCUGGAACUCAGGUCACCUUGCACAGCAGGGAUCCUCGGCUACCUCCUUUGCCCUUUUCUUGCUGAAUGGAACAGGAAGAUCAUCAGGGUGUGCAUGAACACCAGAAUUCCGAAGACAGAGGUAUGGGUUCUGACUUUGAGAACUCUGAGGACAGAGAAGGGGAUCCAGAAGAAAGAGAAAUGGGCUCCAAUCCACAGGACACAGAAGAGAGGGGCCACCUGGAGCAGGAGAUGAACUCCACCCCACAGGAUGACGAUCUAAGAGGGGACUCUCACGAGAGGGAAAUAGUGUCCACUGUCUGUCCAGAGGGGCUGCUGAGUGAGGAAGAAGGGGCUGUCCUCCGUGAGGAAGAGGACGACCAGCCUGGUGUGCCUGACAUGACACUGUUCCCAGGCCUGUCAGAAUCUGACAGCAUAUCCAGGAGUCCUCGGGGAGAGGAAGAGGAGGAGGAAGAGGAAGAGGAGGAAAGCGCUGGGGAGAACCGGCUGAUGGAGGAAGAUGAGCAGUUGUCUCCUCCAGUGCUUCCCUGGAGGCGUCACCUCUCCCUGGGGGGUCGACACCGAGGUGACAAACCUGCCCACCGCCGUUUCCACCGGCUCCAUCACCCCAUGACCAUGGACCUCGGGGAACUCGACAGCCUGAUGGCCAGCAUCAUGGACGCGCCCACCAUCUGCCCAGACUGCGGGGAGAGCUUCAGCCCCGGCGCCGCCUUCCUGCAGCACCAGCGCAUCCACCGUCUGGCAGAGGCGGCAGCCGUGGCCAGCCUGGAGCCCUUCGGCUUGGCGGCCGAGUGCGGUGGGGUGGUGGGGAUGAUGGGCAUGGGAGUGGCCGGCGACUUCGGGACCGGGUCCGCGCUGGCCCGGACCCCCCGCGAGAAGCCCUUCCGCUGCGGCGAGUGCGGCAAAGGCUUCAGCCGCAACACCUACCUGACCAACCACCUGCGGCUGCACACAGGCGAGCGGCCCAACCUGUGCGCCGACUGCGGCAAGAGCUUCAGCUGGCGGGCCGACCUGCUCAAGCACCGGCGCCUGCACACGGGCGAGAAGCCCUACCCGUGCCCGGAGUGCGGCGAAGCCUUCAGCCUGAGCUCGCACUUGCUCAGCCACCGCCGAGCGCCAGCUGAAGCGCUUGCCGCACUUGCCGGCGGGGUGGGCUCAGCGGCGGCGCUGCGGCCCUUCGCGUGUGGCGAGUGCGGCAAGGGCUUCGUGCGCCGCUCGCACCUCGCCAACCACCAGCGCAUCCACACGGGCGAGAAGCCGCACGGCUGCGGCGAGUGCGGCAAGCGCUUCAGCUGGCGCUCGGACCUGGUGAAGCACCAGCGCGUGCACACGGGCGAGAAGCCCUACAUGUGCUCCGAGUGCGGCGAGACCUUCAGCGUGAGCUCGCACCUCUUCACGCACAAGCGCACGCACUCGGGCGAGCGGCCCUACGUGUGCCGCGAGUGCGGCAAGGGCUUCGGCCGCAACUCGCACCUCGUCAACCACCUGCGCGUGCACACCGGCGAGAAGCCCUUCCGCUGCGGCCAGUGCGAGAAGCGCUUCAGCGACUUCUCCACGCUCACGCAGCACCAGCGCACGCACACGGGCGAGAAGCCCUACACGUGCAUCGAGUGCGGCAAGAGCUUCAUCCAGAGCUCCCACCUCAUUCGCCACCGGCGCAUCCACACCGGCAACAAGCCCCACAAGUGCGCGGGCUGCGGCAAGGGCUUCCGCUACAAGACGCACCUUGCGCAGCACCAGAAGUUGCACCUGUGCUAGGGUGGGGGUCCCAACGAGUCCCAAGGCUGGGAGUAGAUGGCUUGGUUACUGAUCCUGCAGAUGUGGGGGAAGGAGCGGGAGGGACAGCCUAGGAGUGUCUUUUAAUGUUUGCCCUCCUCCCCCAGGGAAUGGUUAAUAAGAGUUGUCAUUUCGAGGUGCCUACCUCCUCCAUCGAAGUAACUCUUAGGAGAUGUGCUUGAGGUGAUGGCUUACUUAAAUACUCACUGUAAGGAGUGAAAAGCUUAGGUGAACAGAUGCUUGGAGCAUCCCCGAGGAAGGGGAUUUGGGACUGGGUAGAGAGGGUUAAACUGCCGUGUUUCUGGGAACCAGGAGAGGUGAUUGGUUUAGAGUUACGGGGGUACAAAAAUACGCAGGUAGGAAUAAGCCUGUGACACCCCUCCUCUCAGCUUUAGUCAGAUCCUUCUCAUCGCUAUAGAAGAGGGUGCUUAGUAUCCACUUCCUUUCCUAUGAGCCACAGUGAGCUGCUAUUUUGAGACAUCCAGGGAAAA